AUGACUAGAGAUCGCCCACCGAGUCGUCAUGGCUCAGCCAAGAUCAAGGCAAUUCUCAUCUUCAACAACCAGGGGAAGCCGUGGAAGUUCUACCAGCCCUACAGUGAAGAUACACAACAGCAGAUCAUCAGGGAGACAUUCCAUUUGGUAUCUAAGAGAGAUGAAAAUGUUUGUAAUUUCCUAGAAGGAGGAUUAUUGAUUGGAAGAUCUGACAACAAACUGAUAUACAGACAUUAUGCAACAUUAUAUUUUGUUUUCUGCGUAGAUUCUUCAGAAAGUGAACUUGGCAUUUUAGACUUAAUUCAGGUUUUUGAGGAAACACUAGACAACUGUUUUGAAAAUGUUUGUGAACUGGAUUUAAUUUUCCAUGUAAACAAGUUUCACAAUAUCCUUGCAGAAAUGGUGAUGGGGGCAAUGGUCUUGGAGACCAAUAUGAAUGAAAUUGUCACAAAAAUUGAUGCACAAAACAAACUGGAGAAAUCUGAUGCUGGCUUAGCAGGAGCUCCAGCCCAUGCUGUAUCAACUGUAAAGAAUAUGAAUCUUCCUGAAAUCCCAAGAAAUAUUAACAUUGGUGACAUCAGUAUAAAAGUACCAAACCAGCCCUCUUUUAAAUAAAAAAUUAUAAAGACCACUCCCAGGUAAAAUCCAGUGGGAACAAGUCUUCUAAGUUUGCCAUGCAGUUGUUUACGAAAAAUAGA